AUGCCAUCAAGAGAAGACCGAGAAUGGAAUCGGUUGGCAGUCCACAUGGAUCAGUUCCAUUCGCAUUUCAGAUACGAGUUCAAUAGAGUAUACACGUUAGCAGAUGGUGGAUUUCAUAAAGAAGGAAUGACCUUACCUAGGUUUUUAAGGGAAGCUCAGCAGUUGUAUACCCAUUUGGAUAUGCAUCAUCGUAUACCUCAAUUCAAAGAAGGAGCGAGGGAAUCAGGUGAACAUCUAAAGAAACAUAAAGGUAUACAUGAUGGUUUAGAGAAAUACGAUGCAUUCCUAAGGAACUCAUUGGAAAAUCAAUCAGAGUAUAAUCCAACCAAGUUGAGGGAAAUAAUGGAUGGUUUCAAGGAAGUUUUGUUCACCCACUUGGACGAAGAAGUGAAAGAUCUAGGUGCGGAAAGUAUGAAGAAAGCAGGUUGGACUUUAGAUGAAAUCAGACGUAUACCGAUGUAG